AUGUCGAACACAAGCUAUCAGUAUGCUUCACUUCCUCCGCUUAAAUAUCAAACCUAUGAUUGGAAUACUGGUCAAUUUUCGGAUUGUCCUAUAUCGUCUUUAUAUUCUUCCCCACCUUCAGAUGACGGCAAUGGUGAACCUACCGCUGACGCAGAGCCAAACAAGGACGCCACCCCUGAUCAGCCAUCAGAAGAGGCACCGGCAGCGGAUACUGAUGCCCCCAAGGAUGCAUCAGAAACACCUGCAGAUCCACCACCGGAUGAGGCGCUUCAAGCACCUGAGGCUUCACCAGAGGAACCUCCUGCUGCCGAUGGUGAGUCUGAACCAGUAAAGGCCGAAGCACCGGCAGAAGAGGCAUCGGUUGAGCCAGAGAAGCCAGCUGAAGAAGAGAAGCCAGCUGAAGAAGAGAAGCCAGUUAAGGAAGAGAAACCAGUUGAGGAGGAGAAGCCAGCUGAGGAGGAGAAGCCAGUCGAGGAGGAGAAGGUGGCGGAAGAGCCAGACGGGGAGAAGCCAGCCGAAGAGGAGACACCUGCUGAAGAUGAGCAGCCCGUGGAGGAAGAGAAGGCUGUCGAAGAAGAGGCAUCGGUAGAAGAAGCUCUGCAAGAGGAAACUCCUGCUGCUGAAGGCGAACCUGAAGUGCCGACAGAAGAGGAGCUAGUAGAAGAAGAGAAGCCGGCAGAAACCACAGAGCCAGAGCCCCCGGUGGACGACACGCCUGCCGAGGAGGCCCAAGAACCCCUCGAAAGCAAAGAUGACCAAGAAGAGGCUACGGAAGAGCCACCCGUGGUGGAAACGUCGCCUGCUUCUGAGGAUGCGCCAGCCGAAGACGAUUCCUCCUUUCCAGAUGUUGAUCCAGCUGCCGAAGUUGAUAAAGUAGAGGCUGAGAAAGAAGCUGAAAAAGAAGAAGCCUCCCAGAGAGAGGAUGAUGUCACGGUAGGAGACGAAGUUCUCGAUUCAUGGGAUAUCGAGGGUGAAGAAGAGUUAGAAGAAAAGAUACCCGAGGAAGAAUCUAAGCAGACUGCUGAGGACGACAAAGUUACUGAAGAGCCAGCAGCAGAUGAGCCUUCAGACCCCCCGCCUGCGGAAGAUACCUCUGAGCCAAAGGAGGAGGAAAAGGAAGAGACACCUGAAGAGCCAGCUCCUGAAGAACCCGCUGAGGCGGUAGCCGAAACGGUAGCACCUGAACAGCCAGCGGAGGAAGAAGUAGCUGCCGAAGCACCCGCCACCGAAGAGCCUGUCACCGAAGAACCUGCCGCUGAAGAACCUGCCGCUGAAGAACCUGCCGCUGAAGAGCCUGCCGCUGAAGAGCCUGCCGCUGAAGAGCCUGUCGCUGAAGAGCCUGUCGCUGAAGAGCCUGCCGCUGAAGAGCCUGCCGCUGAAGAGCCUGUCGCUGAAGAGCCUGUCGCUGAAGAGCCUGUCACUGAGGAACCUGUUACUAAAGAGCCUAUCACCGAGGAACCUACCGCUGAAGAGCCUGCCGCCGAAGAGCCUGUCACUGAGGAACCUGUCACUAAAGAGCCUAUCACCGAGGAACCUACCGCUGAAGAGCCUGUCGCUGAAGAGCCUGUCACCAAAGAGCCUGUCACCGAGGAACCUGCCGCUGAAGAGCCUGUCGCUGAAGAGCCUGCCGCCAAAGAGCCUGUUAUUGAGGAACCUGCCGCCGAAGAGCCUGUUACCGAGGAACCUGCCGCCGAAGAGCCUGUCGCUGAAGAGCCUGCCGCCGAAGAGCCUGCCGCCGAAGAGCCACCCGCUGAAGUUACUGCCGAAGAGCCAGCUGUCGAGGAACCCUCACCCACAGAACCGGCAGCCGAAGAGGUUGCUAUCGAGGAGAAGGUAGUGGAAGAAGCCACUCCAGAAGAAUCCCCGGAGGAGGUCCCAGCAGAGCCCACAGCGCAGGAAAUCCCCCCGAAGGAAGAGGCCGCCCCUGAGGAACCAGUUGCUGAGGUAGCCGCAGAAGAAGCAGCACCAGCACCAGAGGAGGCCCCUGCUGAAGCAGCCACCGAAGAAGUAACCGAAAAGCCCCAGGACGAACCAACCCCAGUUGAGGCUGUCACGGAGGCCCCUGCCGAGAAGGCCAUCAUAGAGCCUGUACCAGUAGAGGAAGCUCCCGCCGAACCACCAGCACUGCCAGUUGAAGAGCCGAAGGCGGCUGAGGAGCCUGCACCCGAACCUGCGCCUGUCGUUGAAAAGAAGGUCGCUGAGGAAGUUACAGAAGCGCCCGUUCCCGUGGCCACAGAGGCUGCUCCUGUAGAGAAGACCCCAGUUCCAGAACCAGCUGCUGAAGAGCCCGUCGCGGCAGUAGAGGAGGCCACUAAAGAUAUUGCAGAGGCUGCCCCUGUUGCCCCUGUUGCUGUUGAAGCCGUCCCGGAAGCGGCAGCAAAGACCGAAUCGCGAUCUAAAGAACGAUCUGGAGAAAGGAAGCACCGAAAACGCCGAAAGUCGACAGCUGGAGAAGAGCCACGCCCUUCGAAGAGCUCGAGUGAGAAAAGGCCUAGCUCAAGCGAGAAAAGGUCCAGCUCAAGUGAGAAAAAACUCAGCUCAAGCGAUAAAAAACCCAGCUCGAGCGAUAAAAAGCCCAGCUCAGGCGAUAAAAAGCCUAGCUCAGGCGAGAAAAAGCCCAGCUCUCGUCGACUAAAGCCCGAACCAGAGCAUGAUUCUUCUCCACCAGCUGAGGCGAAAGGUGAACCAAGACACAGAAGUAGUAGACCAAGACCACGACCAAACGAAACAGAAAAAGAACGUGCCGAAAGACGGAGGAGGAGAGAAGCUCGAAGAGCCGAAGCAGAACGCUCCAAGGAAUCGGGGAGCCCCAAGGAGGCACCGCCCAAGGAAGAGCGUCCUCACGAGCCCCCGAAGCGACCUCUCUCUCGUCGGUUGUCACUAUCAGGCCGUGAUAGACCUAACCUGGCCCCAAAGGCCGCUGGCCCAAGCCAUAACCCAAUAUCUGCCCUUGCUGCGAAACCCCUUGCCUUGUUCAGGUUAAUUACAUCUGGAUCUUCAACUGCCAAUCAACCAGUUAUGCGAGUAAAUGAGCGUGCUCUCGCCUCUUCUCCAGUUCCUCCAGUCAAACGGCCUUCACCCCCAAACACAUCUGGCUCGUCCACUCACUCUCAAUCGAAUUCCGGCUCCCGUACCCACUCCGACAGACGUCGAGAAAGGAGAUCAGCCAACGCCGAAGAGGUGAAGGAACGGGCAAGAAGGACUACAGCCAGGGGCGAAGAAAACAAACAGCGUGAACGAAAGUCACCCAAAAUCGACGAAAGCCAGGAGCAAGUAAAGCCUCCCAAGACGGAAGCAGCCAAACCCCGGGAACGAAGGCUAAGCAGGGGUGAAGAAGGCAAAGAUCGAGAGCGAAAGUCUAGCAAGCGUGAGGAAGCCAAAGAGAAGGACCCUGAGAAGGAGAAGGAGAAAGAGCACCGCGAGCAACGACGAGAGCGCCGACGCUCGAUGAAACCCGAACCCCCUGCAGAGAAACAGGUUACGAAGGAGGAUCCUCCGCCAGAGCGUCUUCGUCGACGUCGUUCAAGCCUAUACAAAAACCGUGAAGAUGCUCCGAUUAGCAUGAGCUUCAGGGAGAAACUCCGGCAUGUCCUGACGGCGGCAUGA